CUAAUUCCCAAAAACUCCGUUCUACUUAUAAUAUUCCGGGUUUAACUUCUUUGUUCUUCAAAAUAAAGAGAAAAUUUUCGCCAGAAGAUUGUAUUUAUUUGUUGAGAAUUAAUAAAAUUGUUCUAGGGUUUUACUGAACCGGAUAAUCUAUGGCUCCGGCUCAAGAUCCGAAUAGUACCGGCGGCAGCAGCGCCGGCGCCACUAAGGAUGAAGCGUCACUCAAGGUUCCUUCAAAAGACUUGAAGAAGAAGGAUGACAAGAAAGACGAAGAUCUUUCCGAGGAAGAUUUGGCACUGAAGCUGCAGCUAGAGUUGUAUGUGGAGAGGGUACAGGAUUCAGACCCGGGGUUGCAGAAAGUUGCCCUCGAGAGCAUGAGGCAAGAAAUUCGGAAUGCAACAAGCUCUAUGACAUCAGUCCCAAAGCCACUAAAGUUCUUGCGUCCUCAUUAUGGAACAUUAAAAGCAUAUUAUGAAAGCAUGGUGGAUUCAGAUUUGAAGAAACUUUUAGCAGAUAUCCUUUCUGUUUUAGCCUUGACAAUGUCUGCUGAAGGAGAAAGGGAGAGCCUGAAGUAUAGACUGUUGGGUUCCGAUGGUGAUAUUGGUUCAUGGGGACAUGAGUAUGUUAGGAAUCUGGCUGGAGAAAUUGCACAGGAAUAUGCCAAACGGCAGAGUGAGGAUGCCCCAUUUGAUGAGUUAAUGGAGCUUGUUCAGCAGAUUGUGGCUUUUCAUAUGCAGCACAAUGCUGAACCUGAGGCUGUGGAUCUCUUGAUGGAGGUUGAAGACCUUGAUCUCUUGGUUGAGCAUACGGACAAAACAAAUUUUAAAAGAACCUGCUUGUACCUCAAUAGUUCAGCUAAAUACCUUCCUGGACCGGAUGACACCUUAGUUUUGGAUAUCGCCUACAUGAUUUAUAUGAAAUUUGAAGAAUUUCCUCGAGCACUUCAGAUAGCUUUGUAUCUAGAUAACAUGCAGUAUGUCAAGCAGAUCUUUACGACUUGCCAUGACCUUCUGCAGAAAAAGCAAUUUUGCUACAUUCUUGCUCGCCAUGGCAUAACUUUUGAGCUUGAUGAAGAGAUGUGUGCAGACGAUGAAGAGAGGGAGGGACUACAAGAAAUUAUCAAUAACUCUAAGUUAAGUGAAGGCUAUCUUACACUUGCUCGUGAUAUAGAGGUCAUGGAGCCAAAAUCUCCUGAAGACAUUUACAAGGCUCAUUUACUUGAUGGUCGGGCCAGUGCUGGGGCAAGCAUGGAUUCAGCAAGACAGAAUCUUGCUGCAACAUUUGUAAAUGCAUUCGUCAAUGCUGGCUUUGGUCAGGAUAAGUUGAUGACCGUACCAUCUGAAGCUUCAAGUGGUAGCUCUUCCACAAACUGGCUUUACAAAAAUAAGGAACAUGGAAAGACUAGCGCUGCAGCAAGUCUGGGUAUGAUCCUUCUUUGGGACGUUGAUUCUGGAUUGGCUCAAAUUGACAAGUACUUCCAUAGCACCGACACACCAGUCAUCGCGGGUGCAUUGUUAGGAGUUGGCAUUGUAAAUUGUGGUGUCAAGAAUGACUGCGAUCCUGCUUUGGCACUUCUAGCUGAAUAUGUUGACAGAGAGGAUCCUGCUACUAGAAUUGGUGCUAUAAUGGGCCUAGGACUUGCAUAUGCAGGUGCUCAAAGCGAGCAGAUCCGGAGUAAACUAAUUCCUAUACUGAAUGAUGCAAAGGCAUCCCUUGAUGUGAUUGCAUUUACUGCAAUCUCAUUGGGCUUGGUAUAUGUGGGCUCUUGUAAUGAAGAUAUUGCCCAGGCAAUUAUAUUUGCGUUGAUGGACCGAAGCGAAUCAGAAUUAGGUGAACCACUCACACGCCUAUUGCCUCUUGGGCUUGGGCUCCUCUACCUUGGGAAACAGGAAAGUGUGGAGGCUACAGCUGAGGUUUCAAAGACCUUUAAUGAAAAAAUCCGGAAGCAUUGUGACAUGACACUGCUUUCUUGUGCUUAUGCUGGAACUGGGAAUGUCCUAAAGGUCCAACACUUCCUCGGUCAAUGUGCUCAACAUCUUGAGAAGGGUGAGACCUUCCAGGGUCCCGCUGUACUUGGAAUAGCUAUGGUAGCAAUGGCUGAAGAGCUGGGCCUUGAAAUGGCAAUCCGGUCCUUAGAGCAUCUUUUACAGUAUGGUGAGCAGAAUAUUAGAAAGGCAGUUCCUCUAGCUUUGGGUCUUCUAUGUAUAUCAAAUCCAAAGGUCAAUGUCAUGGACACUUUAAGCAGACUCAGUCAUGAUUCUGACACUGAAGUUGCUAUGGCUGCUAUCGUUUCUCUGGGUUUGAUAGGUGCAGGAACCAACAAUGCUAGAAUAGCUGGCAUGCUUCGCAAUUUGUCAAGCUACUACUAUAAAGAACCGAGUCUUCUCUUCUGUGUGAGGAUUGCUCAAGGUCUUGUCCACUUAGGAAAGGGGUUGUUGACACUCUCCCCAUAUCACUCGGAACGGUUCUUGUUGUCUCCUACUGCGCUGGCUGGACUAGUGACUUUAUUACAUGCAUGUCUUGAUAUGAAAGCUGUCAUCCUCGGAAAAUACCACUACAUUCUAUACUUCCUUGUUUUAGCCAUGCAGCCAAGGAUGUUGAUGACGGUUGAUGAAAAUCUGAAGGCUUUGCCUGUACCUGUCCGAGUGGGUCAAGCAGUAGAUGUUGUUGGCCAAGCAGGCAGGCCUAAGACCAUAACAGGUUUCCAGACGCACACAACCCCCGUCCUCCUCUCUGCUGGGGAUAGAGCAGAGCUUGCAACUGAAAAAUACAUUCCGCUGUCACCCAUUCUCGAGGGUUUUGUCAUCUUAAAAGAGAAUCCGGAGUAUAGAGAUGAUCAGUAGUAGAUCUCAGGUAGACCACUUUAUCUGCCUUCUCUUCUCCCAAGUUUUUGCAAUGCAUCAAGUUUUGAUUCAUUACGGAGGUGGGAGUGGGAGACUGCCACAAAUUAUUCCUCAGCUUUGGGGGGUUAAUUACAAAGUUACGAGCAGAAAAGCACUCUUGUUAAACUGUUCUUCUGUACCUUCAAGAGAAAAAGUUUUUGUACAUCUAAUGUGUACGAUUAUCGAUUUAUUUCUCUUUGAAAUAGAAUCUUUUAGACGAUUUCGCAAAUUACUUGGCCUUUGUAUAACUUCUUGAUGGAAUGUAACCGUAGGUGAAAUCGCCGUUGCUUGUUAGGAACUUAAGUUUGUUGCA